AUGGUAGAUGGUAGUCAUGCUGAGAGGUUGCGAGUGAAGCUGGGUUUUGAGGGGUGUUUUAAGGUUGACAGUCAUGAGAAGAGGGGUAGAUUGCCGCAUCCGAAUGGUUUGAUUGAAGGUUUCAGUGACGCCCUGGGGGACUGUGGUUUGGUGUCUCUUCCCAUGAUUGGCUAUCCUUUCACUUGGGAUAGGGGCAAGGGUACUGUGGACUGGGUGGAGGAGCGGCUGGAUAGGGUGGUGGCUUGCAUGGAUUGGCUGGGUCUGUAUGAUAGGGCGAGGGUGUACAAUAUCCGUACGGACUCGUCGGAUCAUUCGGCUCUCUUCAUGGAUAUCUAUGGUUUAGUACAUGUUGCAAGGCCAUGUAGUUUUCGCUUUGAGAAUGCGUGGCUAUUGGAUGAGGGUUGCAGGGGGGUGGUGGAGCACGAGUGGGCCAGCUCACAGGGCUUGAAUAUGCAGGCGAGGCUUGUUCGUCGUGAUCCUGCAUCAUUGGCCCGGUUUGCAUGGCUAGACAGCAGUCUAAAUUUAGCCCUAUCCCAUGAGGAGGCGUUUUGGAGGCAGCGUGCUAAGCAGCACUGGCUGUGUGGGGCAGAUCGUAAUACCAAGUACUUCCAUAAGUAUGCGUCACACCGGAAAAAGAAGAACUUUGUUGAAAAGCUAAAGAAUGAUAACGGGGUAUGGCAGGAGGGUCAGGCUUUGGAAUCACUGGUUACUUCUUACUAUAAGCAGAUCUUUGCUUCAGGGGGUUCCCCGGGGAAUUUCAGAGUGGAUUCAUUGCAAACACGUGUGACUGAAGCACAUAAUGCACAGUUAUUGCGCCCCUUUGAGCCGGAGGAGGUGCGGGCUGCGUUGUUUUCUAUGGGCAAAGAUAAAUCUCCUGGUCCGGAUGACAUGAAUCCGGGUUUCUACCAAGCUUUCUGGGAUGUUAUUGGUAAGGAUAUCACUUCCUUUCUUCUUAAUUGCCUAUCCCAGUCAACUUUUCCUGAUUGCUUGAAUGAUGCAAACAUUGUUUUGAUUCCGAAAAAAUGUGUUCCUGAGCAUGUUUCUGAUUUACGCCUGAUCGGCUUAUGCAAUGUUAUAUAUAAGAUCAUGACUAAGAUGUUAGCAAAUCGUAUGAAACCCCUAUUAGAAGAUAUUAUAUCGGAUUCACAAAGUGCGUUCCUUCCGGGUAGGUUGAUCUCGGACAAUAUACUGAUUGCUUCUGAGGUUGGACAUUACUUGAGGAGGAAGCAGUUAGGCCAGGUAGGGUGGGCUGCUCUAAAACUUGAUAUGGCAAAGGCAUACGAUAGGAUGGAGUGGUCAUUUGUGAGUGAUAUGCUUGUUGGUCUGGGCUUUGAUGCUAAAUGGGUACAGUUGAUUAUGUUGUGUAUCCAAACCGUGCGAUACAGGGUUUUGAUUAAUGGCAGACCUACGGAGGAGAUCGUGCCUACUAGGGGAUUACGACAAGGGGAUCCCUUGUCACCUUAUCUCUUCAUAAUCUGUGCAGAAGAUGACAGCUUGCUCUUCUUUAAAGCUAAUCUGCAGGAAGAAUUGGAAGUUAAAAGAUGUUUGGGGGUUUAUGAGUCCUUCUCUGGCCAAGCGGUGAAUUUCCACAAAUCGAGCAUUUCAUUCAGCCGAAAUACACAUGCAGAGAUGCGGGAUCUUGUGUCAGGAGUUUUGACUGUUUCUCAGGCGGAGGAUUUUGGGAAAUACCUGGGUUUGCCUUCCGUUGUGGGCAGGAAUAGGAGGGCGAUUCAAAUUCCCCCGUUUGCUAACAGGAAUUUUUUUCAAUGGACGGAGGAGUGGCUUGGCGGCUCAUCCGGGUAUACUCGAGAGCUACAAGGCAGAAUAUGUGGCAUUCUCCAUAGCGUCUGGGUUGCUAGAAACACGGCUGUUUGGGAGUAUGUUGUUCCACGGCCGGCUUUGCUCCUGGGGCGGCAUGCGGCUCAGUGGAUUGCGUGGAUGGAUAGUCAGCAGACCAGUGGAAGCAAUAACACCAGCAGAGUCGUUUCAUUGCAUGCACAAAGUAGUAUCCCACCACCCUCUUUCAAAUGUUACAUUGAUGUCGGCUUUCACGGCUCUCAGCAUGCAGCGGCGUAUGGUUUUGUUGUCUAUGAUAGUGAUUCCUCCUUCGUGGCAGCAGGUUCCGAGGUUCUAUUUGUUAAUAGGGAGGCCAAUCAUGUGGCACAUUCCUUAUCUAAGCAUACAUCUGCUGUAGCAGGAAGAACACUCUGGAGGGAUACACCUCCUUCUUUUAUUGAGCCCUUGGUGGCAAAUGCAAUCUGA